AUGGCAGACUCGGAACCCAAAGGCCCCUCACGGCUCCCCGUCGUCGUCAACAAAGCAACACCCUAUACCUUCGACCUCGGCCUCCUCCUCGCCUCAGACCCCAAUCCGUUACUCCUCACCAGCCCAGAGAACCUCAACGACGACCUCGCGGCCACAGCAAGAGAUGGCGCUCAGGCAUUGCUAAACCAAUUACUGAGCACCUGUCCAAUAACCAACACACCCAACGGCGUCCUCCUCUCCCUCCCCGGCAUCGAAACCCGUUUACCCCGAGAAAAGCCCCUACCACCCCCCAAAGCCCAAACAACCUGGGAAAAAUUCGCCGCAAAGAAAGGCAUAAAAUCCAAGAGCGCGGAAGCGAAGAAGAAAAUGGUCUACGACGACGCGACCGGCGAGUGGGUGCCGAAAUGGGGAUACAAGGGCAUCAACAAGAAGGCGGACGAGGCGUGGAUAGUGGAGGUGGAUGAGAAGAAGGAGAGGGAGCGGAAGGAGGGCGCGCAGGUGCAGGGGGAUGGGCGGAGGGAGAGGAAGGAGAAGGUUAGGCGGAAUGAGAGGUUGCAGAGGGCGAAUGAGAGGAAGCAGAAGAAGAAUCAUGGGGGGAGAGGUUAG